AUGGACGAAGAAGCCGAUCUUGCGCUGCUUGACCAGCACCUGCUCAAGACCAACCAGCUUGGUCAACGCAUGACUAGCAUCCUUGGGCAACUGGACAACAGACUGUAUCGGUUAGACAAGGCCAUUGUGCCGCUAGACAUAGAGUCUCUAUUGAACUACCUAGAAGGCAAAGCAUUGGCGCCAUCUGCUCCUGCGUCUGCCCCACCGCGUCCACCUACAUCCAGGCAGGCAUCAGCGUCAUCUGCCAAAGGCUACUCCCUCGAGCCUCCCACGGUCAAACUCACAGCUCCUCCCUUGUCCCCAAUCGCUUCAGCCGCACCAUCGCGCUCUGCGACGCCUGCAGACGAUAGCGCGCUCCUGAUGAGAGGGCCGGAUAUCAUGGCGUUGGGAGAGUACUUUACAGCUUUGAAUGGCGUGGUGGAAGACUUGGAGAGAAUGUGGAAGGGGCUGACGGAGGGAAGAGGGGGUGCGCGGGAGGCUGGCGUGAAAGACUUGAGCCAGCUCGUAGAGGUCGGGUUUGAGGGAGCCGUGCAGCUCUUUUUGCGCUUGUCCAAAGAGGGUUCAGGUCGCGCCUUGGAUGUCGAAAGCCUUCUGAACAAUGGCCCUCCGACACCUCCCAAUUACUUUCCUCCGCUCAAUACCGUCCUCCCUCUUACUACAAGGAUCACAUCACUCCUCUACCCUGCCGCCGAGACACCGAAAACAGCUACAGUCCUCAACCCGUCCUACGAAGAUGCCAUCUCCAAGCUGGCUGGUAUCAGGGGUGAAUGGAUAUGCCGAAGUAUGAGCAGUUUGGUGAGCAAGGUGGAAGAAGCGGAUGAAGGAGGCAUCUGGGAAGGCCACGGUGGAAGGGAGAAGGUAGAGAGCAUAUUGAGACUAUGGGAAGUGAUCAUACAUGUUGCAGAAGCCGAGACAAUGCUCAUCACCACCCUCUUCCCCAACCAUCCUCCACCCACUCUGCUUGCCCAGACCCUCGCCCGCCCCAUCGCUCUCGCAGAACAAACCCUUGCUCCUACGCUCGCUAUGCUCAAGCGCAGCCUUGCCCAACAUACCUUCACAGCCCUGGAUCUGUACGCCUCCCUCCUUCGCCUUCAGCCUCAAUGGGACCACACCAUGACCCAAUGUCUCUCCCGCCUUGGCACUCCCUCUUCUCCCGCUACCAAAGACCUCAUAUCGACUCUUCAUCAACCAAUCUCUACGCUGCGCUCCUUGUCUCUGCGAUCGUUCCCUGAAGCGCUCGUCGACAUCCGGUCUGCUCGGGCCGACGGUCCUUCCACAAGCGCCAUUAUCGAUAUCUCUUACUCUACCAUCACAUACCUCGAGAACCUCAUACGGUACGAAGAUGUAGUGGAGGGUCUGCUGGGGAAGAGUAUAUCAGAGAGAAGCUGGUUGAUGGGUCUGAAAGAUGCGCCGAGCAAUGUACGGAGUGCGGAUGAGGAGGGUGGCAUCGUCAAGUUCUUUGUGGCGGAUGUUCUGGGAACGCUGCUGGGGCAUUUGGAGGCCAAGUCGAGGGGUAUGCGACAUCCCGUGGGACAAGCGUUCUUGCUCAACAACUCCUCGCAUAUCAGAAACAUGCUCAUCAUACAAUCCAACUCUGAUAUCACCGGGCCAGGAGCCGAGGCUAUGCUCAAUAAGGCUGUCCGAGACGCUCGAGGCCAAUUCAUCGCCGAAUUCCAAUCAUUGACAGCUCUCCUGACCAACCCGCCGCACGAUAAGAAUCAGCGCUUCGGCGUCCCCAAAGUUCCCACCUCUGAGCGACACGUCCUCAAAGAAGCUGCCAUGGCAUUCUUCGACCGCUUCCAGGAACUCGAAAGUAUCCUGAUGCAAGACCCGCUCAACAGGCAAGAUCCCGAGAUGCGAGACUCGGUGGCGAGGGAGGCGGAAGCGGUAGUCAGGCGGGGGUAUGAAGCGUUCGUGGGGAGAUGCCAGAGCAAGAGUGCUGAGAAGUAUCUGCGGGGUACCCCGGAUGAAAUUGAGAGGAGAGUGCAGGCUAUCUUUCGUUGA